GCUAUCAACUGAGUUGCCAGAACAUUGCCCUACAAAGGUUUGGAGGGCCACUUCUUAAUGGAUUGCUGCAGCCUCAUAAUUUCUCCAUUGAUCCUGUUCCCUGCAUCGUGAGAACAUUUUAGCCAGCACAGAACCUAGGAAAGUUACAUGGUGUGAACGGCAUGUCUGUGGAUGAGAAGACUGACUCCCCCAUGUAUGUGUAUGAGUCAACGGUGCACUGUACCAAUAUUCUCCUCUGCUUAAAUGACCAGCGGAAGCAGGACAUUCUCUGUGACGUGACACUGAUCGUGGAGGGGAAGGAGUUCCGCGCCCACCGGGCUGUGCUGGCUGCCUGCAGCGAGUACUUCUUGCAGGCCUUGGUAGGGCAGACGGAAAAUGACCUGGUGGUCAGCCUGCCGGAAGAGGUCACUGUCAGGGGAUUUGGUCCAUUGUUACAGUUUGCCUAUACUGCUAAGCUGUUACUCAGCAGAGAAAACAUCCAGGAGGUCAUCCACUGCGCCGAGUUCCUGCGCAUGCACAACCUGGAGGACUCCUGCUUCAGCUUCCUUCAGACCCAACUGCUGAACAAUGAAGAUGGCCUGUUCCUGUGCAAAAAAGAUACCACCUGUCAGCGCAUGCACGAUGAGGAGAACUCAGACGGAGACGAGGAGGAGACGAUGGAAUCGGAGACGUCAAAAAUAUCUUGCCCAAGAGAGAGGAUGCACCAAGAGCCUUUCAAUUUUGAAAGCACCGUUGCUGGAGCAGACAAAGGUGAAGGGAUGCUGCCCGACUCUGACAUGCUGAGAGACAGCAAGGACAAUUUGGACAAAGAUGCAGUAACACGGUACCCCAGAUACAAGAAAUACCAGCUUGCUUGUACCAAGAAUGUCUACAACACAUCACACAUCAGUACCUCAGGUUUUGCAAGCACAUUCAGUGAAGAGAGCUCUGGAAAUGGCCUCAAAUCAGGACUUGCUAUGGGGCAGAUAAAAAGCGAGCCUCAGAAUGAAGAGAACGAUGAAGAAAGCAUCACACUUUGCCUGUCUGGAGAUGAACCUGACAUCAGGGAUAAAGAAGGGGAUGUUGAAAUGGACAGAAAACAGCCAAGCCCCACUUGUGUUGACAGGCCAAAAAGUGGGUCCUCUCCUUCUUGCUUGCGAUCUUUCUUCAACAGAACAAAAAGCAUAGAUUUGGUUGGCUUCCCCAGCACUUCCCAGCAGCACUUUGGCAGGAGUCCAGCGUGCCCUUUUGAAAAAGGGACAACUCAGGGUGACCACAAAACUGAUUACGUCCCUUUCACGGGGAACUAUGGACAGUCCCAUGCCAUGCAGAAGGAUGCUUCCAACUUCACAGUGGGAUCACCACUCAGGGGGCCCGGCUUUGAAACUCUCUGUAAGCAAGAAGGGGAACUGGACAGGAGGAGUGUUAUAUUCUCUUCAAACGCUUGUGACCAAGUAAAUACUUCGGUGCAUUCAUAUUCUGGUGUGAGCAGCUUGGACAAAGACCUCACUGAGACUGUGCCAAAGGGUCUGUGGGCUGGCAGUAGCCAGUCUCUCCCUAGCUCUCAGACCUAUUCGCACAGCGGACUGACAGCUGAUCACCUGCCGGGAAGGAUGCGGCCGAACACCAGCUGUCCGGUGCCAAUUAAAGUUUGCCCUCGUUCUCCUCCUUUGGAAACCAGAACCAGGACCUCCAGCUCGUGCUCUUCCUACUCCUACGCAGAGGACGGCAGCGGUGGCUCCCCCUGCAGCCUGCGUCUUUGCGAGCUCUCCUCUUCCCCUUGCUCCCAAGGCCCCCGAUUCCUGGCGCCUGAGCACCAGGAGCCCGGUGUGGUGGGGGAUGGAUUGUACAACCCAGUCCGAGCCCAGAUUAAAUGUGAGCCAUCCUAUGGAACAAACUCCAGCGAUGAGUCUGGGUCAUUCUCAGAAGCAGACAGUGAAUCAUGUCCUGUGCAAGACAGAGGGCAUGAGGUGAAACUUCCUUUUCCUGUUGAUCAAAUCACAGAUCUUCCAAGGAAUGAUUUCCAGAUGAUGAUUAAGAUGCACAAGCUAACCUCAGAGCAGCUCGAGUUCAUCCACGAUGUCCGCCGGCGCAGCAAGAACCGAAUUGCAGCUCAGCGCUGCCGCAAGAGGAAACUGGACUGCAUUCAGAACCUAGAAUGUGAAAUCCGCAAGUUGGUGUGUGAGAAAGAGAAAUUGCUCUCAGAAAGGAACCAGCUGAAAGCAAGCAUGGGAGAAUUGUUAGACAACUUCUCGUGUCUUUCCCAAGAAGUGUGCAGAGACAUGCAGAGCCCAGAACAGAUCCAAGCUCUCCACCGAUACUGCCCCGUUCUCAGACCCAUGGAUCUACAGCCAGCCACCACCAUCAGCCCCUCCCCAGCUGGCGUGGAGCAGAGCCUGGUGACCUCCCAGUGCAUCGGGGAGAGCAUGCAGUGCUGCUCGGAGCAGGGCUCGGUGCAGCUGGGAGCGCCCUGGCUGCCCAACAACAUCGCGGAGAAUUGUUCGGCCGGCGGGGGGCUGGAAGGAGCUGACACAGGUACUUACCCUGAGAGAGAGCUUCCACCAGAGCAGAGCAGCCAAACGGUCACAGUAGACUUCUGUCAGGAAAUGACUGAUAAAUGUACAACAGAUGAACAACCUAGGAAAGAUUACACCUAGUGACUUGUAACCUUAACGUUACACCUGGUCAGGUGUUCUUCAGUCAGCCAGUGGCAGUGUUCAUUUGUUGUCUAGAAGAACGUAUUUGGUGCACACUACAGUGGUCUUAGCAGCAAUACUGUUUUUAAGUAUUCCCUCCUCUCUACAAGCAGGAGUUCUCUUCACAAUGGUGCUAUCCCUUGCUCAGGCAGGGAAUGAAGCAGUGGCAACACUGUCUGUUUUUGUAUGUUGAUUUCAAUCUUAACAGGGAUGGACAUAACACCUCUGAGGACCCAACCGCAGCUUUUUUCUCAGUGGCCCAUGUCACAAAACCCUAACUCAGGAAUUUCCUCUGAAUGUUCAAUUUUUCAUUGAAGACAGCUUCUUUACACAUCAAAGUUUUAUAGCUAAACUGUACAUAUUAUAUAUAAUAUAUAUAUAAAAUAUAUAUAUCCAUAUGCAAAAGUCCCUGCAUGCCUCAAUUUUUUCUCAUCCUACAAACUGGAAGCUUUCAUUUCUAUUGUAUAAAAACAAGUUCCAACAUUCCUUUUUGUCUUUGAUGCUAGAACUAGUUUGGUAACU